AUGGGAUUCUGUUAUUUAUUGAUAAAGAGAAUAAAUCUUGGAAUUGGUUUCCUACUAGAAGAGAGUGAUUUCUACAAUAGGAUGAAAUGGUGUGAAAUAGAUGAUAAACAAUUAAAUGAGAAAAGUAGGCUAUGGUUUAAUAAAAUAAAUAGCAAAAUAGAUAAUGAAGAUUAUGUUGAAGCUUCUGCAGGGUUUUUAAUGGGUAUGCUUAACGCAUGUUCGACAACUAUGGGAUUGGUAGCAAUAAGUGGGAUCAAUGUUCAAAAUACAAUAGUUAGGAGCCUCAGAUCAAGCGACGAUUCCAUGACUGUAUUUGUGGCUGAUUCAAUCCAAAAUCUUGCAAAGUUGAUAAGUCUCAUUUACAGUGUUUACAGAUUAUUUGGAAUAAAUCCUAGUAAAGAAAAAACUAUACUAUUUCCUGAAGGAUAUGCUACUACACUUCAAUUGCUCAGAACACAAAUAAUAAAUGCUUUUGGAGCUAUAUCACGGUUGAUCAUUGGUUGCGACAAUGUUAGAAGGCUUUGGAAUGUUAAGAAAAUAGAGUAUCAGAAUUUAAGAGCAAGUGAUGAAAUGCGUUUCUUAACUGAUGGUGGGAAAAACCCAUGGGUUAUUGAAAACAUUGGCGUUGAUGAGGCUACUAUUGAGGAUAUAAUUUUCGACGACGAAGAAGAGAAUAACAAAAGAAUUAUAUUGUUCUGUGUAAAAAAUAUAGCAAGCAAGAAUAUGCUUAAAUCGACCAUUCAACAUUCAAGUCGUGUCCAGUCGGAUUUAAGCAGCUUUACACCAUACAUGGCGUUAACGAACAAAGCUAGUCUGUAG